GAUCUGCUGAUGGAGCCGAGAUGACUGUCAGAACUUUAUGGAGUAUAUAUUUGCUGUUGCUUGGUCCUACCCUGCCUCUGUGGGCAUCUCACAUUUCCUGCAUAAAUGAAGAUGGCAAGCCAGUGGACUGGUAUAUUCUUUAUAAAUUCCCAAAGCAUAUGAGUUAUGAUGUGGCUAGAACUGGGCUGGAAUACAUGUUUAUGGAUUCUGUGACUCCAGCCUGGAAACUGAGUAAAUAUUUCAUCAACAUGACAGAGAGUGCUCUGGGGCAAACACUACAGCAGCUCUACCAAACGUACGAGGCCAAGAACAGCGUUGCCUAUGUAAUGUAUAAUGAUGGCCCACCCAACAAAAUGAAUUACAGCUGGACACAUGGACAUUCUAAAGGGUUUCUGCUCUUGGAAGAAUCCCAAGGUUUCUGGGUUAUUCACAGUAUUCCUGAGUUCCCUCCAUUUCCUGAAGAUGGUUUUAGCUAUCCAUCCACUGGAAAGAGCUAUGGACAGGCAGUGAUCUGCCUAACAUUCCCAUAUGAUCAGUUUGCAGAAAUAGACAGGCAGUUGUUAUACUACAAUCCAAAUGUCUACAAUUGCUCCAUCCCAAAGCCCUUUCAGGGAGAGCUCUUCUAUGUGCAAAUACUAUGUGCAGGAUCACAGCUGCCUCCAGCCCCUUGGAAUCAAAGCCUUGUCAAGCUUCAGUCAGCCAAGGCAGAAACUUUUUUCAGCUUUGCUAAAACAAAGUGUGACCAUGAAGAUAUCUAUGUAGCCUGGAUGGCUCAGAAACUGCAAACAGACUUCCUGGUAGAAUCCUGGCAGCGUAAGGGACAUCAACUUUUCUCUAACUGCUCUCUUCCUUACCACAUCUACAACAUAAACCGAAUUCAAACACCAUGGAAUACCUCCUUCUCCUCUUAUUAUGAUCAUUCUAAGUGGUGUGUUUCUAUUAGGCCUGAAGACCAAUGGACAUGCAUUGGAGACCUAAAUUAUGCAGCUCAACAGUCUAAGAGAAGUGGUGGUUUUGUUUGUACCCAAAAUCGGUAUAUUUACACAGCUUUCAGGUCAUUGGUUCUGCACUAUUACGACUGUCGUGAACUUCAUGAAUCUAUAUAUGGGUCACACAGCAUAGUCUUCUGACCUGUAAGUCAUUCCUGACCAUUGCAAUUUUCCUUAGGUUUUUUUUAAAAAAAUGUUUCCAGUCUUCAUUAUUUUGGAGAACUAAAGAGUUUGGGGCAUGAUUUCCAGUCCAGAAACAGGGAGGUUUGUUGUUUUUAUCCACCUACCUUUACUACCCUGCCUACUUUAUUUUCUUACUACUACAUUCUCUAGACUUUUAUUCUGUGAAAUCCCUAAUAUCAUAAUUAGAAGUCAUGUAACUGUAGGGUUGCCAGGUUCAAGGCCUGAGACUGAUCCUGUAUCUUUAUGAGAAGAGAAAGUCAGCCAAGUGCAGGUGCUCUAACCCUGUAAUGGGAAAAAACACAAGGUGGAAUUCUCUCUCCCCCCCCCUGCACAAUUUUUAAAGAUACAGAAGACCUCUUGGUUGCCAGGCCCAGCCUCCAAGAGG